AGGCAACUCGCGUCCGGGGCCAGACGGCAUCCCAUUUGCGGCCUGGCGGCGCAUGCGGGAGCUGGGACUGGAUGUUCUCCUCGACGUGGCCCGGGCUUUGGAGGCAGGGUUGGACAGCUCCAGGCCAACGCGCCUGAGAUACAACGAGGCGCUCAUGGUCUGUCUUCCCAAGUCGUCCACGCGCGCGGACUCUGAGGGGCGGGGCAUUUACACAGCAGACGAGACGCGGCCUUUGACGAUUACCAAUGCGGAUAAUCGCGCGGUUGCCAGUGCUUUCCGGCGGCGGUGGGAACCGUUCCUCGCCCCGCACAUAUGCGCACAACAGCGUGGCUUCAUCCGGGGGCGGCCCAUGAUAGCGAACAUCAUCGACUUGGAGCACGAGGCCAUGAUCCAAGCUCUGGAGGCGACCGACGCUACCAUCAUCCCCCUGGAUUUCCGGGCUGCGUUCCCUAGCGUGGCCAGAGGAUUCUUGUUCAAAGCGCUCGAAGCCUUCGGCUUCCCGCCGCGCGCGAUGAACGCCCUCUAUUCCCUGUAUCUGCACGCGGCGGCCACGGUGAUCAUGCACGGCCAGACACGCGGGCAGGUCGUCUUGCCCCGGGGGAUCCGCCAGGGAUGCCCCCUAAGCCCGCCCCCGUUUGCGGUCAGCACAGACAGCAUUUUCGAAUCACGCAGUCGCAGCAGCCAGCUGCCUUGGCGAGGGCCUUUGCCGACGACACAGCGGUGCUGAUUCAAUCUUGGAAGCGGGACCGGCUCUUGCUGUUCAGCAUCUUCGCGCUGUUCGAGAAGGUUUCGAGACUCUCCCUGAACUUCAAAAAGACCAUCGCCAUUCCGCUCUGGACGGAGGACCCGCAGGCGAUCCAGGCGCGUCUGGCGGAGGAGCCUGGGGAGCCGCAGAUCACUUGGGCCUCGUCUGGCAAAUAUUUGGGAGUGCACGUGGGCCCUGGAAAGGGCACGCGCUCCCGGGAAAAGCCCGCUCGGAAAUUUGAGAAACGCCUUGAAGAAUGGCCAUGGGCAGAACUUGGCCUGCAUGCCGCUAUUUCCAUCUACAAUACAUUUGUGUUGUCGGUAUUGCUGUUCGUAGGCCAGGUCGAGACGCCGCCAGACUUUGUUCUUCGACUGGAAGCCCGGGCAGUGCGGCGCAUUGCGCAUGGUCCGGGAAACUGGUGUUCUCCCCGUGACCUCCACCAUGCGCGAGACUUGGGCCAGUCCAUCAACUUGCGCCUUUUGGCGGUGCCCUGCAAGGCGGCCAUGCUGCGCCUUCGAGAGCAGGAAGCCACAGGCGCGGGCAUCCGUUGGCGCCAUCUCGAGAGGGCUCUGACGCACACGAAGGGGAGCACGAUGCACUUGCACGGCUUGGUGGACUGGAAGCCCUGGUUCGACGCGCGCUUGCCGACGGUGGUGGAGACGCUGCAUUUCAAUUCUGCUUCGCAGGGCAUCUCGCGCAGCCGGGCGGUGCGCGAGGUGGCCGGGGCCCCGAUAGGACCUCUGAGCCGGGACAAUUUGGCCAAAUUCCGCCGUGGAUACCAGGCCUGGUGCUGCAAGGCACUCCUGCGGGCGGAGCGCUUUGACCCAGCGACGAGGAUCCGCCAGCGCACGGCGCGGUGGCGCUUUCUGGCGCUGCCUGGGCACGCAGCGCCGCGGAUUGCGCGUCAUCUACGCCGGCUUCGCUCCCUGGUUCCAGCGCGGGCGAGAGCGGCCAUGCUGAGCACUAUCUUCAAUAGAUGGACCACAGACACCAGGAGAUCCCUGCGGGCAGGUCGCAACCGCUGCGCGUUCGGAUGCACCUGCCCCUUGUCAGACCGGGUGGAGCACUACCUGAGGUGCCCGGGUUUUCGCGCGCGGGCGGCGCGGCGGCUGCAGCUGCGGCCGCCGCCCGCGACGCGACUUGACGAGUGGAUGAUCGCGUCCAGAGGGAUGGGCGACAUGCAAUUGCGGCAGACAGCCGUGGCGGUCUAUGUCCUGCACCGCACCGUGAACCAUCUGCGGCGCGCGAGCCCGCUGGACGACGCGUCGGAAGAAUACGAGCGACACUUCAUGAAUCAGAUGUUGCACGAGGCGGCACGGAGCGACAGCCGCCUACGCGAGGCCCUGCGCGCGGCGCAGGUGCCGGGAGGCCGGGCGCCCGCCAAACGGAGACGGUCAUCGUGAAUUGGCUAUGCGUGGAGCAAGCGCGUGAGCGGCACCAAGUUAGGAGGAUC